UUUACCCCGCAGCCAUCCAACAAAUGAAAUGCAAACUCGGGGCUCAAAUUCGACAGGAUUGUGAAAUCAGAACCUCGUGAGAACUUAGGCCACUUUCUUCAAUUGACGUACUAUGAUUUCUGCCCUUCGGGUGUGAUCGUUCCUUUCCGCACCCAGCAUGCCACAUCAAGUGCACGAGGAACCCUUGCCCGGGGUUGACCUCUAUGCGCCCUUUACAAGCGACACCAUUCUCGAAGUCCGCACAGGAAGGAUGAAGCCCCUGCGCGGCCUAACUGUGCAGUCAGGCAUCGAGAAGAUACCGCGCGAUGGGCCGGUGCGUGUGACGGAGCUGGGACUAGAGGGCGAUGAGCACGACCCUACCUUUCAUGGCGGCCUUGACAAGGCCAUUCACGGGUACUGCUCCUCGCACUACCCGACCUGGCGCGCCGAGUUCCCCGCGGCCGCAGAGACCUUCCAGCCCGGCGCCUUCGGCGAGAACCUUGUCACGGCUCACCUGAACGAGCGAAACCUCUGCAUAGGCGACAUCGUCUCCAUCAGGCCCCCGACGUCAACCCAAGAGGACGCCAAUGAGCACAGCGUCCUGCUGCAAGUCAGCCUCCCCCGGCAACCAUGCUUCAAGCUCAACCACCGGUUCCAGCUCAAGAACUUCGCGCCCAACACGUGGAAGACCAGCCGCACGGGCUGGUACUUCCGCGUGCUCCGACCCGGCACCAUCCAAGCGGGCGACACCAUCCGCCUCGUGGAGCGGCGGCAUCCGGGCUGGACCAUCGAGCGCGUGCAAGAGUACCUGCACCGCAACACCUCCGACGCGGCCAUGAACGAGGAGCUGGCGGGAAUCGCCGAGUUUGGGGCCGAGUGCGGGGAUGUGUUCCGCGCGAGGGUGGCGAGGCAACGGACGAGGGACAGGAAAGCGGCAAAAGGACAGCAGAAGUGGAGGGAGUACAGGGUUGUCGAGAGGACAAGGCAGACGUUGAGGGUGAUGGCGUUUGUUUUGGAGGCGGUCUGGCCGGUUGCGGGGGAGGGGGAGGAUUUGGAUCUCCAGCCAGGGGCGCAUGCAAAGAUCAGGCUGGAGAACGGGCUCAUCCGGGCGUACUCGAUUGUGGACGGAGAUCGAAAUCGGUUCCAACUGGGCGUGGCGUUGGACGAGAAGAGCCGAGGCGGGUCGAGGUACCUGCACGACGAGGUCCAGGUCGGACACACGCUGCAGGUGGGCGCCAUCACGAACGCGGUGCCCGCUGCUAGCGCCGCGAGCCACCACGUGUUUGUUGCGGGCGGCGUUGGUAUCACGGCGUUUCUCGCGCUCAUCGAGCAUUACAAGCUUAUCCACUACUCGGUGACACUGCAUUACGCGGUACGCUCGGCCGAAGAAGUACCAUUUCGGGAGCGGUUGGCUAGGCUCGGCGAUGAUGUUGUCAUUUACGACAAGACUGCGGGCCAGCGGCUCGAUAUUCGUCACAUUAUCGAAGACCUGCCGUGGAACUCGCAGCUAUACUUUUGCGGUCCAAAGCGGCUCAUGGACGAGGCCGCCCGAGAGACAAAGGCACACGGCAUUGCCGAAAAAGAGGUGCACUUUGAGGCCUUCGAGGCCGAUGUAUCGGGGGACCCUUUCGAGGUGGUUGUGGCCAAUAAGGGUGGUAAGACCAUCAAAGUGGGCGAAGAGGAAACCCUCCUUGAAUGCCUACAGAAGUGGUUCGACGACGUGGAUUCGAGCUGCUCCGUCGGCAACUGCGGUACAUGCCGCGUCAGCCUCAAGGAUGGGCGGGUAAACCACCGUGGCACAGCGCUGACGGAGGAGGAGAAGGCCACGUCCAUGCUGGCGUGCGUCAGCCGUGGCAUCGGACGUAUCACCAUUGAGAUAUGAGCUGGUAGAGACAGGCUCAUGGAUCCUGCACAAUACCCUACGAUAUCCUCCCGAAGGAUUGUAUGGGCAAGUUGUACCGUGGCUAUUCUUAGACAAAUGCUCCACGACACCACCG